UAGUGCUGAAUACCGACUACAAGACAUUAUAAUUCCAGAAAAAAAAUACAUUUUCCUUUUAUCUUCUAACGCUGAUAAUUCAUGGACAACUUGGAUAAUAAUGCCUGGGUAUUUGAUUCCCUCAUUGGUUUUUUGCAUGGGCCGAUUUGGAACGUACCAUUGCAAACAUUUAUUGAAGAGAAAUCUCUGCCGUUUGAACCAACUGAAGAUGGCGAAGUCUUCGACAGAGAAGAAUAUAAGAAAAUUCACGACGAUUACAAGAACUUGGUAGAUGUUAUGCUUGGAUCUUUUAUGGACGAUAUCGGUAUUAGUGCUGAUCAAUUCGAAGCAGCGUGUAAGCUGUCAGCUCACGACUUAGCUGGUCUUCCAUCGUAUUUCCAUAAGCGACUAUUUGAACAAAUUUGGGCCGCCAACGAUUACGAAAUGUUUGUUAAAAUGAUGACCCAUAAGAACGUUGAGUUACAACUGCAGGCACUAGAACUAAUUGAAAAGAGGUUUGGCACUUUACCCAGUUUAUUUUCGUCGGGCACAGACGACCUGGAUUCAUCUCGUAGCGACGAAAGUGCAGAUUGGCCAGAUAAUGAUGAUGUUAUGAUGGAAAUAAAAAAAUUACAGCUUAACGACGUCGAGAACCACGAGGAAAUCUUGGUUCCACCCGAAGAAGUUAUGAUAGAAAAACAAAAUCUUCUUACCAAAUUACAUAGCUUUGAUACUAAUGAAGACAAUAAAAAAGAAGAACUGCCAAUUGAAAUACCAGUAAAGGCUGAAAUACCGAAACCAGCUCCGAAGAAACAGCAGGUAUCUGAAGAGGAGAUAUGCGCACGACAAGAAUAUCUUAAACAGCAAAGAGACAAACUUCUGGCGCUGAAGAAACAAGUGCGACAAAAACAGCUCGGUGACGUAGAAACAGAUGUCUUAAGCGGCGGUGGUGAAGGACCCCACAGCGUCUCGCGACCUAAGUCUGCGCGAAUCGCUAAAGCAGCUCUCUCCGGUUCUACCCCACUUCCGGCUGUCGAUGCUAUGCAGCUAAGACGAGCUCUUGCGACCAAACUGAAGACUGAAGUGGUCGACGGUAGCCAUUAAGCAGAGACCAAUACUUGAUUCUCUAUUAUACCGACGAGUGUAAUGCGAGAUAACUCUGCGCACGACUAGUGGCGUAGGUUUUGUUGCUUGUUGAAGGUUAUAAGUUUUACCUUUCACCACAAUAGUGGCUUGACAUUCAAAUAUUAAAGAACAGUAUGUUAAUUA